GCUGGCCCUGGCCUUCCACCUUGGGUGCGGCAGCGGCUUCAUUCUUUGCGGCUGUGCUGCCCACUGCUCUAGGCCUAAGCAAUUCGGCCUGACAGCAUCUCACCCUAGGAGCUGGGAUCACAGAAGCGCCGGAUGGCCUGGCUUAAGUUUCCAGUAAGUUUGCCAAAGAUGAGAGUGACUUUAUCAAGUUUGGAUACUUGUGAGAGCUCCUUCACACCUCUAGUGGUCAUAGAACUCGCCCAGGAUGUCAAAGAAGAAACCAAAGAAUGGCUCAAAAGCAGAAUUAUCGCUAAAAAGAAAGAUGGAGGUGCCCAGCUGCUGUUUAGACCACUGUUAAAUAAGUAUGAGAAAGAAACAAUAGAAAACCAAAAUUUAUACCUUGUUGGAGCCUCCAACAUAAGACUGUUACUUGGGGCAGAAGCAGUAGGCCUGGUGAAGGAGUGUACAGAUGCUGCCAUGCGGGCCUUCACCUACGGAACGCGCCACAACUUCAAAGGUUUCCAUGAUAACAACGAUGACUUCCUCACUAUGGCUGAGUGUCAGUUCAUUAUCAAACACGAACUUGAGAAUCUUAGAGCUAAAGAUGAGAAGAUGAUCCCUGGUUAUCCCCAGGCCAAACUGUACCCCGGGAAAUCACUGAUGAGGAGAUUGCUCACGUCUGGCAUCGUGACCCAGGUGUUCCCACUGCACGACACUGAGGCCCUAAAGAAGCUUGAGGACACCUGGUAUACUCGGUUUGCUCUGAAGUAUCAGCCCAUAGACAGCAUUCGUGGUUACUUUGGAGAGACAAUUGCUCUGUACUUUGGGUUCUUGGAGUAUUUCACCUUUGCCUUAAUCCCCAUGGCCAUCAUCGGGCUGCCCUACUACCUCUUUGUGUGGGAAGACUACGACAAGUAUGUCAUCUUCGCCUCGUUCAAUCUCAUCUGGUCCACAGUGAUCCUGGAGGUGUGGAAGCGUGGCUGUGCCAACAUGACCUACCGCUGGGGGACACUGGUCAUGAAGAGGCAGUUUGAGGAGCCGAGGCCAGGGUUUCAUGGGGUCCUGGGCAUCAAUUCUGUCACCGGCAGGGAGGAACCUCUCUACUCCAGCUACAAGAGACAACUACGCAUCUACCUGGUCUCGCUGCCGUUCGUGUGCCUCUGCCUCUAUUUCUCCCUCUACGUCAUGAUGAUCUACUUUGACCUGGAGGUCUGGGCCCUGGGUCUCCACGAGGACAAUGAGUCUGUGUGGACCGGCCUCCUGCUGUACAUGCCCAGCAUUGUGUAUGCCAUCGUGAUUGAGGUCAUGAACCGUCUCUAUCGAUAUGCUGCUGAGUUCCUGACGUCUUGGGAAAAUCACAGAUUGGAAUCUGCCUACCAGAAUCAUCUAAUUCUGAAAGUGUUGGUGUUCAACUUUCUCAAUUGUUUUGCUUCGCUCUUCUACAUUGCCUUUGUCCUGAAGGACAUGAAGCUUUUGCGCCAGAGCUUGGCCACACUCCUGAUCACCUCCCAGAUACUGAACCAAGUCGUAGAAUCUCUUCUUCCUUACUGGCUCCAACGGAAGUAUUUCUUGAAGGUGAAGAGGAAGGUGCAGGCUUUAAAGGUGGAUAUUGACACAACCCUGUAUGAGAAAGUCCUCCUGGAGAAGGAAAUGGGAACUUACCUGGGAACCUUCGAUGAUUACUUGGAGCUGUUCUUGCAGUUUGGCUAUGUGAGCCUUUUCUCCUGCGUUUACCCGUUAGCAGCUACUUUUGCUGUGCUAAAUAACUUCACGGAAGUCAACUCAGAUGCCUUGAAAAUGUGCAGGGUCUUCAAACGACCUUUUGCAGAACCUUCAGCCAGUAUUGGUGUUUGGCAGUUGGCUUUUGAAACGAUGAGUGUUAUAUCUGUGGUCACUAACUGUGCUCUGAUUGGAAUGUCACCACAAGUGAACGCCGUCUUUCCAGAAUCCAAAACAGACUUGGUUUUGAUCGUGGUGGCUGUGGAGCAUGCCCUCUUGGCUCUGAAGUUCAUACUUGCAUUUGCCAUCCCUGAUAAACCACGGCAUAUCCAGAUGAAACUGGCCAGAUUGGAAUUCGAAUCCUUGGAGGCACUCAAGCAGCAGGACCUCCCACUCCAUCCAGGGAGAAGCCAGAGGCUUCUCAGGCCCCCAGCAUCACAGCAGACCCCACCCAGACUAGACAUUCUCUCCAAGCCAGCAAAUGAAGAUGGUGGCAGAAAACCUGAAGGAGGAGUCCCAGGAAGAUGGGAAGAAAGCUCCCUGAGCCCCAGUGUGCUGGCCGUGCCAUCCCCAAAUUCUGCUGAGGAAUACCCGCCUCACACCUGCACAGGGUGGGGGUACCAGCCUGAACUCAGGCCAGAUGCUUGGCUGUGUGAAGUGGCUGACACACAGGGGGCACACUUACCCUGCAAGGUCCGCUCCAUGGGAAGAGAGGCUGGGACCCUUGGUAGCUCCAUGGUGCCCUCUCAUUUGGCCCCUCCUAGGUGAACACACCCCAGCAGCCACCUCACUGCUCCAGAGCCCCCGCUGCCCUGAACUUCAUUCCUAAGGAGUCACCAGCUUUCCACAUGGCAGUCACAGUAGGUGCCAGUCACUUCCAACCCCACCAGGGCCCCGAGAGGGAGUGGUGGCUUAGGGUCUAUGCCUAUUAUGCUGAUUCACAUGGGCCAUGCUAAGGGGGCCCCACACCUUGACUCCUCCUGGUUCUGUGUUAACUGGCACUAAACAAGCUAUUAAAGACACCCCCUCCCCCUCC